AAUAUUUCAAUUUAAUAAUUGCAUAAAAUUGUAACGGUAGAUGGUGAAGCGAGGGGCGUCAGUGGUGAUUCAUUGCCGGAAUAAGAGUGAAGAGUGAAGACGCGCUUGUUUUCCGUUGCUCUUCAUCCUGAGAGAGAGAGCGAGAGAGAGAGAGAGAGAGAGAGAGAGAGAGGAUAAAAGCUUCAUCAGUGUUCUGAUCCGAACACACGGAAGCACAAAUGAGUUAUGGUUAUUGCUUUCAACGCCCGAAAUCGGACCAAAAGCUGCUGCGUUGUUGGUAGGUAGGAUUUUGGAGUAAAUGUAGUUGAGGAUUUGGAAUUUGCCAUGUCAAUUUUGGAAAAACCAUCAUCAUCAUCAUCAUCAUCAUCAUCAUCAGAUCGAGAUGUUGAUCCAUUGUUAAAGGAUUUAAAUGAAAAGAAGCAGAAUUUUAAGCGUAACGUGGUGUCACUGGCGGCUGAGUUGAAGGAGCUUCGUGGCCGCCUUGCAUCACAGGAGCAAUCAUACAAUAAAGAAACCCUAAUAAGACAGGAAGUGGAGUUAAAAGCCAAUUUCAUGGAAAUGGAAAUUGUCACGUUGCAGAAGAAACUAGAAAAAAGAAAUCAGCAGAUUCAAGCUUCAGUCUCUUCUGCUGCCGAGCAUAUUAAGGAUAUGAAUGAUAUAAGAUCACAGCUUUCAGCAGCUAGAGCAAGUGCUGAUGCAAAUGCUGCAUCAACUCAAUCAGCGGAGCUCCUAUGUUGUGAACUUAUAAAAGAAUUAAAUGAAAAAAACAGUAAUCUAAAGGAGCAAGAGGAUUGUGUCAUUAGGUUGGUAGAGCAACUGCAGCAUCUGCAGAAAGAUCUUCUGGAAAGGGAAUCUUCACAAAAGCAAUUGAAAGAUACUGUUCUGAGAAUCGAGAAUGAUAUAAUGGAGACAUUUAAAAGAACUGGGGAGAACAAGGAGUCUACUCUCAGGAAAAUUUUAGAUGAGUUUUCUCCUAAGAAUCUUGAGAAAAUGAAUAAGCUACUGGAUGUUGAAGAUGAAGAGAUAGCAAAACUGAAGGAUGAAAUUAAGAUUAUGUCCACCCAUUGGAAGCUAAAGACAAUGGACUUAGAGUCACAGUUGGAGAAACAGCGACAUACUGAUCAAGAGCUGAAGAAGAGGAUCUUGAAGUUGGAAUUCUGUCUGCAGGAUGCUCGUUCUCAGACACGGAAGCUCCUGCGGAUGGGAGAGCGACGGGACAUGGAUAUUAAAGACCUGAAAGACCAAUUAGCUGCAAAACAACAGAGUGGUUAUGUGGCUGCAGAAAAGCAAAGUAGUUUCUGGGAAACUUCUGGAUUUAAAAUCAUGGUUUCCAUGUCCAUGCUGAUCUUGAUUGUAUUUUCCAAGCGAUGAUACCAUUCUGAUAUCCGGUAAUUCUUUUGUGGGAGACAACCUAGAAUCUUCAAGUUUAUCCAAGGAGCAUGGACAAAGACAAGUGAAAUAAAUCAAUUUUUGCUUUGUAGAAAUGCCCUGUUGGAGAUAAUCUAGCUUUAGCUUUAUCUAUGGUAACAUCAAAAUCAAGAAGCAUUUUUUAUGUGAAGCUCAUUACUCUUGUUACGAGCUAUAGGACCGGUAUAUUAGAUUAUUAUUAAUUUAGGUUCCAAUUUUUUCCAUUUCCAAUUCAUGAUACAUUAUUCUUUAGCCCAUUGCGAAAUUUUGAGCCAUAGAAUGAAGCUCUCCAGAUAAAUUCUCCAUUUUCAA